UAAGCACCCAGAUGACGACUUGGACUGGGGGAGACGCGCGCAGCACGCAACGAUCAUCGAUUGUUCAUUGAAGGUUUCUGUUGCAGAGGACCUGAUGGUCACGAUUUUAAAAUCUCCAGGAUUAAGAAAAUCUCACUCAGAUCGUAACGAAUCGAAAUAGCCUGUCCUAUAAAGGAUGCAAACUUUGGAUACGUGGAUACUUUGGGCACAGCAUCAACAAUUAAUGCACAAAGCAUUUUGUUUAAGAGCCUGUAUUUUUUUAUUUUACUUUUAUUUAGGCUGUUUGCUACCCAUGUAGUCACCUAAAUUAAUUAAUGUCACGGGUUGAUAGACGAUGUUUUCUACUGUUUCUGAAUGCAAAAUGUAGUUGCUGUUCAGUUUUGGUAUCGAAAUGUCUCUGUUCUUUUAAAAUUGCACAUGUGGAAUUUUGGUUACGAGUAAAAUUGCAGUUUUGGCUAGGCUACAUGGUAAACGCUUGUAAAUGACUGUUAAAAGGCGUGUUGAAGAAAUGCAGGUGUCUGUGAUGAACUGUUAUUUGGCAACAACCUGUACUCACUUGACUAUUUGCGAAGUCUUUCUUUUGCUUUUCGGCAACAUAGGCUUUCACACCCCAUGGAACGCGCAUGAAACACUCGAGGAAAAGUAACCAUUUUUUCAGCGGCGACUUCGCAAUGACAGGUCUUUGUGGAAAUAUAUCGAUGGGAAGCUGCUCACGGAUGGGAAGCUGCUCACAUAUACUGAAAAUGUGGAAGGUGUCUCGGAUCUGCUCAACUCUAAUAACAUAAUGGCAUGUCGCAGUGCUUGUUGCUGUGGGUUCGGUCCAGUGAACGAGGAUAACGCAAGGUUCGUGAUGCUGGCGCUUCUUAUCAUCAUCUACCUGCUCUGCGGAGCCGCUGUCUUCUCUGCACUUGAGCACCCCAAAGAGAAACAAGCUAAGGAGAAAUGGGCUCAGCGGUUUGAACAGUUCAGUCAGAGGCAUAACCUGAGCAAAAGCGACCUGGAGAAGUUUCUCAGGCACUACGAGGAGGCGAACGUGGCCGGCAUCCGUGUGGACGUGCUCCGACCUCGUUGGGAUUUCACCGGCGCGUUCUACUUCGUCGGUACAGUGGUCUCCACAAUUGGGUUUGGGAUGACCACUCCAGCCACUGUUGGAGGGAAGGUAUUCCUCAUCUUUUAUGGCCUGAUUGGGUGUGCGGCCACCAUCUUGUUUUUCAACCUCUUCUUGGAGCGCAUCAUCACCGUGCUGGCCUAUGUGCUCAAGUCCUGCCACGAGCUGAAGCGGCGACGGAACGGCGUGGCGCCGCAGGACAGUGGCACCGCCGCGGUCAGGGGUCCCCCAUCAGACAGCCUGUCCGGCUGGAAGCCGUCAGUGUACUGCGUGAUGCUGAUCCUGUGCGUGGCGGCGGUGGCCAUCUCCUGCUGCGCCUCGGCCAUGUACUCAGCCGUGGAGGGCUGGGCCUACCUCGACUCGCUCUACUUCUGCUUCGUGGCCUUCAGCACCAUCGGCUUUGGGGACAUGGUCAGUAGCCAGCGGGCGGCGAACGGCAACCAGUCGGCCUAUCGCCUUGGCAACUUCCUUUUCAUCCUCAUGGGUGUGUGCUGCAUCUACUCGCUCUUCAACGUCAUCUCCAUCGUCAUCAAGCAGGUGCUCAACUGGCUGCUGAGGAAGAUAGAGGUGCCGUGCAGGCACUGCCCGCGCAAGGCCUUCAACCCGCGCAGGAACGCCGUUGUGCCAGGACACCUGCGCGUGCGCCGCAACAUCUCCAUCGACACGGACGCCAUCAACGAGAGCGAGACAGACGGCCGCAGGAUGUCGGGCGAGAUGAUCUCCAUGAGAGACUUCCUGGCCGCCAACAAGGUGAACCUGGCCAUCAUGCAGAAGCAGCUGUCGGAGACGGCCAACGGGCACGUCUGUCCACCUGGCUCCAGCAGUCGGCACAACGAGUUCUCCAGGGGCGUCGGCGCCCUGGGCAUCAUGAAUAACCGCCUGGCAGAGACCAGCGUGGACAGAUGAGUGGCAGGAGACGCUGACAAAGACACAAAUGACCAAACAUGUAAUCAAAUCAUUUAGCCAGUUUGCACUGUCCUCCUCUGAGAUGAAAUCUCGGAAGAGGUUCAAUGAGAGAAACAGUAGAACAAGGAGUAUAUUUUUUCACGCUUUUUCAUUGUUGUGAUAAAAUAUUUAACUGAAAGGUAAAACACCUGUUGAGUGUUUGAACUGGUUGGAUACAGCACAAGCUAAACACCAGAAGUGUUAGUCUGGUAGAUGAAUAUUUUUGUCUCUUUGUCAUACUAACAGAACAUUUCAGUACUCAAGUCACAUAGAGCACUUUAAAUGACAAGCAGGUAAACAGCUUUAGAUAGAUAUUUGUCUACUUACUAAACAAGUGAACAAAAUAAAGUUUUAGUUCAUGUUCAAGUGUGUGAAUUCAUGUUAAUUUCAAGUCAUGUUCAAAAACAAUUUAGUGCCCUCUUGGUUACUAUUACCAUAUAAACCCAUUUUUUUUUUUACUCGUUCAUUGGGUAAUGACACAAAUGUGUGCCCUCGAAUUGUUUUUAAUAUGACUGGGGAGACACAUUAUGAAGUUUGUUUUUUAUUUGAUUUUAAUGAUGAAUCAUAUGACUCAUUGUUCAUUUGAUUUCUUCAACCAGCAGUUUUGUAAGACCAAAAAAUCAUUUCGCCAAUUUCAUGCCAAGGCUUAGCAUGAACGCCGAACACUAAAUGCUAACACCACAUCUAUUACAAAUGUUGUAACAUACCUGUUGCAUUUUGAAUGGCAUUUUGUUAUAACAGCUGAAAGUGAAAGCUCAAUGACAUAUGGUGCAUCCAAUGUUCCCUCCCUUACACUCAAUGUAAUAGCUUAUUGAUCAGAUUUGUAUUUUGGAUUGAUAAAGUAAUCUGUUAAUUCAUGCACAAUACAUUUUUGUUCUCCAACAUGUAAAAACGCUGUAUCCAUGACUAACAUUAUACACAGUAACUCUUCAACAAAGGAUGUAAGGAUUUGGAGACAUAAAAAGCACUGUUUCACUGUUAACUGCCACAACCCAAGAGCCAAGGAUUUAUCCUUUUUGGUCUUUUUAACCAGAGUCUGUGCAGACAGCUGUGACUGGAAGCUGGACAAUGAAUUUCUUUUGUAAUAGCAACAUGACUUAUGGGCCCCUAUGAAUCUGCUGGUUUGGACACUGCAACAGACAUGAUCUUCGAGACUCAUCACUGGCUCUUGAGCUGUUUGGGACACAUAUAUUGUACCUAUGAAGUCAAAGCAAUGCAUGGUGAUUUUAAGAUUAACCCCUGUUUUAAUGGGGAUUUUGUCUUCCCUAUUCUCCUUUAAAGUUGUUUAACUCUGUGUCAUGACAACAGCACCAGGCAUAGCAUGUGCCUCUGCUUUUAGUUUCAAUAUUAGCCAAAUCAACCUCCUGCUACAUCCUGACAGGUCACACUGCACCAGAUAAUAAA